GCGGGAGGAAGUGCGAGGCGCUGGUUGUGGAGCGGACUCGCUGCUGUCGGCACCGACACCGACACCGACACGGACACGGACACGGACACGGGGAGGGAGGGAGCGUCUCGGACCCGCGAUGCAAACGACGGCGGCGCCGCGCGGGAACAACUCGGGGGUCGGGAUCCGCGAGGCCGCGAACAACCACAGAGCUGCUUUGAGAUAUGGAGACGUUGGUUUCAGAACGGCAGUAAUUGUCUCCAUUAUCAGCACAGCCGUUAUUUUAUUGAUGAGCAUGGUUUUUUUAACCAGUUGUCUUGUCAAAUGUGUGCGGAAAAAAGAACGACGGAAGCAUCAGAGAGACUUACAAACAUGGUGUCAGAUUGAAUGUAAUGUACUGGAUGAAUCGAGAGGCUUUUGCCAAGGAUACAAAGGCAGAAACAAUAACAACAACAAACUCCAGGAUAACAUAUUAAUUGAAGAAAUAGACAGUGGACUGGACAACAACAGAUUCUUCAGGAGUCCAGGGAAGAUGACAUUGGAGGCCCCACUGCACUGUGGUGUGAAGGCAUCACACCUGACGUUUCACCCUUGGAACGUGGACUUUUCCACAUCUACUGACUCUGGGAUUUUAUUGAGUUCUGUGACUGAGGAGCACAUUGUUGAAAUCGCAGUCGGAGACACGUCUGAGCUUUCUACAGUGAGACACCUCACCUGACCCUGGGUCUGUGUGAUGUUGCGACUGAUGCAGAGACACCCCGCCUGCCCGUGGGUGAUGUCACACAACUGCAGAUUGGACUUUUAUCAACGUUUUACUGACACAGCCUUUAUAUUAAAAAUGACAACCACCAUUUCAGAAAUCUAAUCAAUGAAAA